AUGACGAAGCAGCAUGCGAACUGGUCUCCUUACGAUAACAAUGGAGGAACAUGUGUGGCCAUCGCCGGAUCGGAUUACUGCGUUAUCGCCGCCGAUACUCGGAUGUCUACCGGUUACAGUAUUCUCAGUCGCGAUUACUCUAAAAUCCAUAAACUAGCAGACAAGGCUGUGCUUUCUUCCUCGGGAUUUCAGGCUGAUGUGAAAGCAUUGCAGAAGGUUCUCAAAUCUAGACACUUGAUCUACCAGCAUCAGCACAACAAGCAAAUGAGCUGUCCUGCGAUGGCUCAGCUUCUCUCCAACACGCUUUAUUUCAAGCGGUUUUUCCCUUACUACGCCUUCAAUGUUCUUGGAGGGCUUGACGAAGAAGGGAAAGGGUGUGUCUUCACUUAUGAUGCUGUUGGAUCAUAUGAGAAGGUUGGAUACAGUGCUCAAGGUUCUGGCUCUACACUCAUCAUGCCUUUCCUUGACAACCAGCUCAAGUCUCCAAGUCCUCUUCUGCUACCUAAACAGGAUUCUAUCACACCCCUUUCAGAAUCUGAAGCAGUUGACUUGGUCAAAACUGUCUUCGCAUCUGCCACUGAGAGGGAUAUCUACACUGGAGACAAGCUCGAGAUUAUGAUUCUUAAGGCCGAUGGUAUCAAGACCGAAGUCAUGGAGCUGAGGAAAGACUAA